GAAGACGAUAUCGCAAUGGCAAGAACCAAGCAAACUGCCCGCAAAUCCACCGGCGGUAAAGCUCCAAGGAAGCAGCUCGCAACCAAGGCUGCGCGUAAAAGCGCACCAGCAACCGGUGGCGUGAAGAAGCCUCAUCGUUACAGGCCCGGUACCGUGGCUCUGAGAGAGAUUCGUCGUUAUCAGAAGUCCACUGAGCUGCUGAUCCGCAAGCUGCCUUUCCAGCGUCUGGUCAGAGAGAUCGCUCAGGACUUCAAAACCGAUCUGCGCUUCCAGAGUUCUGCCGUCAUGGCUCUUCAAGAGGCUAGUGAGGCUUACCUGGUUGGUCUAUUUGAGGACACCAAUCUAUGCGCCAUUCACGCCAAGAGAGUCACCAUCAUGCCCAAAGACAUCCAGCUAGCCCGCCGCAUUCGUGGAGAGCGUGCCUAAGUUAAUCCUUGGAACACAUUCAAACACCAACGGCUCUUUUAAGAGCCACCAAUACUUCUAUAAAAGUAUAUUAGGUCCACAUAUAUAUAUAUAUACACACACACACACAGGCUAUUGUUCCAGCUGUAGUAUGUAUUAUAGGCCAGGUGUAAUUUCAAUUACGCAACGGUAUGAUUGAAGAAAAGGAUUAAUAAAAAAAAAAACUACUUCUCAAAGGAA